UCUUUUUGUUCGCUUCUUCUCCCUCUCCCUCUCAUGAAUUAAAAUAAAUACCCCCAACCGACGCCCUCAUUUCUCCUCCCUUUCUCUCUCGCUUCCUCCUCCUUCCUUCCUCAAUCCCCAAAGCUUAGCUGAUUAUCUGCUGGACGCCGGGCGGUCGGGUCGUGGGAAAGAGAAGAGAAGGAGAGAUCGAUGGCUCCGGUGUCAUUGCCGCCUGGGUUUCGGUUCCACCCGACGGACGAGGAGCUGGUGGCGUACUACCUCAAGAGGAAGAUCAACGCCCAGAAGAUCGAGCUGGAGAUCAUCCCUGAAGUUGAUCUUUACAAGUGCGAGCCCUGGGAUUUACCAGGAAAAUCCCUACUCCCCAGCAAAGACAUGGAGUGGUACUUCUUCAGCCCUCGAGACCGCAAGUACCCCAACGGGUCGAGAACGAACCGGGCCACGAAAUCCGGGUACUGGAAGGCCACGGGCAAAGAUCGCAAGGUGAACUCCCAGAUGCGUUCCGUAGGGAUGAAGAAAACCCUAGUGUACUACCGCGGGCGCGCCCCUCACGGGUCCCGUACCGAUUGGGUCAUGCACGAGUACCGCCUAGACGAGCGAGAGUGCGACUCCCCGGCUGCUUCUGGCUUACAGGUCCCACCUCAUGCCGCAUUCAUUGACGCAUAUGCACUGUGCCGAGUGUUCAAGAAGACGGCGCCUCCCACUGCUCCCAAAAUCAACUACGCCUCCUCCGCCAUGAAUCACCAUCUUCAGGUCGGUGAGCCGUCGUCCGGCAGCAUGGAGCUUUAUUCCGACACCGCCGGUGCGUACGUGGACACAUCAUGCUCUCAGGCUCCGUGGGCAGCAGCUGGAACCAAUACUACUACUUCCUCCUCCAUGCAGUUGCAGCAGGAUCCUUUCACCUUCCAAACUGCUGCCUUCCCUUCCCCUUACGGAUCCUCGUCGUCGUCCAUCCCCAAUUACCCUCCCUCCAAGGUAACGUUAAAUUAAUUAAGUCAAACCGGUUUAUACCGUUGCGCCGAUUUACCAAGUGGAAUGGUUCUACCAGUGGUACAACCGGUUUGUGCCGGUUCAUAUCGGUUAAUAAAAUAUGUAGAACUGUCAAAAAAACCAUUACUGUGAAAUGAAUCUAAUCAUAUAUAAACCAUAUUUGAAGACAAUUUACGUACAAUUCAUAUUGAUAUUUCAAUAGAAUGUGAUAUUUCAAAUAAAAUUACAUGUACUCGUAUUUAAAUGUACUAAAAAUGAGGUCAUUUUAUUUAAAAAUUUGUAUAUCGAUCAUGCCGGUUUCAUGACCGGCACCGGUUGAACCAGGUUCAACCGAUGACAUACCGGCCGGCGUGACAACCAUGUCCACGAGUAAUUAAGGUUGGAAUCCUUAGCUAAAAAUGGGCGGGCAUGCAGGUGGAUAUAGCAUUGGAAUGCGCAAGGUUGCAGCACAGGUUCACCCUGCCGCCGUUGGAAGUGGAGGACUACCCGAAAAGAGCGGCGUCCGACCACCACCAUUAUUACAAUCAUCAAUAUAGCAAUCAAUAUGAGGGCGGCGGCGGCGGCGGCGGGGGUUCGGACCUUCUGCUGCAGGAGAUACUUUCCGUAGCUCACGCGUCUCAGGAGCUCAUACACAACAACAACAACCAGCAUUACAACAGUUUCCCGGCGGCAGGGUUCGGCGGGAACCACUUGGCGGCUGCUGCUGAUCACGGUAACAACGAUUUCGCCUUCACGUCGUCGUCGUCGUUGUGGUUAGAUGGGCAGAUCAGUAGCUCCAGAAAUAUAGAGAUUGGUGACGUGGAUGGAGGAGAUCAUCACUUCGUGGCGGAGAACUUGAGGUGGAUGGGCAUGUCAAAUGACCAACUAAACAAGAAUUUUACGGGGGAGAACAAGAUUGUUCCCAUAGCCAGCAUCACAAGUUUCACGUCGCAGAACUACAAUGAUCAGGAUGGCCUUGAAGCAGAUAAGGAUGGGCUCGGGUUCCUGCACGACAACGACGACGUUUACAAUUGUCUGGGGUUCAUCGGCGGCGGCGACGACCCGUCCACCAACACCGCAAGUUCGCCGAGCUUCGACGAGGUGGUGGAGGAAGUCAAAGUCAACCACAGGCUGUCCGUCUCCACGCGCCAGGCCGCCCACACGUUCUUCCACCAGUCGGUCCCGUUCCAGACCGUGAAGAUCCAGCUCAACCAUCCCAGCCCCGACCGUACAACCACCACUCAUUACGCCGGAAAUGCCGUUGAUUUGUUGACUCUGGUUACGCUGGCCGUCUUCAGCCACUGCUUGUCUCUGCCGGGAGAGAUCAACGGUAACGGACUGGCGGGUAAAUCGGACGGCGGGAAGAGUGCCACGAAGUUUCCGUCGCCGGUGAUUAGCAUCCGGAAGCAGGGAUCGGCGGCGGUGAUGCUGAAGAAAUUUGGGAUAUUGCUGACGGUUUCUUUUGCGCUGUGUACCAUGCUGGUGAACCGUGUCGUGCUCACCACUUGAGUCUCUAGUUUUUUUUCUUUUUUUUUUUUUUUCCUUCCACAAUACCUUUCUCUCUUAGUUAUUUUUUCUUUCUUUCUAAUUACACGGCCUAACUCUAGGUAAUAUUAAUCAUGAUCGGGGAAGGUGUUUAAGGGGAAGUGGCCGGGGAAGUUGGAGAACUCUGAUGUUUGGAGCCAACUUCUUCGUUCAGGUUAUAUACAGUAAUUUGUGUUAAUUUGUUGUGGACAACCACUAAUGUGUUGACUAUAUAAAAUGGAUUAUACUAUUACAUUAUACA